AUGGAUUCUCCUUCUCAAAAGGUCGUGGGUUAUAACAUUCAGAUCAGGGAGUCUGGGGAAGAGUACACCGAGACAAUCGAGGUGGACACAGAGAAGCAGACCGAACUGUUUAAAGUUCCUGCUCAUGUUAACGUGGAGCAAAGCAAUAUUUUGCACGAUUUCAAAAAGAAUCUCAGCAUGAUGCAGUUGCCGGAAAAGAAGAUCUGUUAUAUUUUGCCUCUAGAAAUGGAAGUUUCGACGCCAGAGAAACUCAUUAAUGAUCUCGACAAGGCUAACAGGAUAACCAUCAGCAAGAAGUCAGUUAUUGAAAACAAAUGGACAGUGAAUGAUGAGGUGACUGAUACAUCUGCUCUAAGCGAAGAGAUGGCCUCGUUUUGUGAAAACUACGCAAUAUAUUACCUCAAAAAGAUAGAGGACACCGUGAAAUCUAUCAGGAUCCAAACAAAUGGCAAGAAACACCGGCAACGUCGACAACAGAUUCGCUACGAAAUCGUAGAAUUUCCUGAUAUACCAAGAGAUUUAUCAUGCCCAGGUGGCAAACGUAUAGCCUCUGCUCAUGAUGACUGGUUAUGUCGACAAAGUGGAAAGGAGAUGAGAGUGGAAUGCAAAGUGCUAAGUAACCCGUGCUACUAUUACAGUGUGUGCGAAACACUGAACACAUGUACUACCAGGCAUGUACGUAGCACCAUUAGUUGUUGUGAGUACAAAUGCUUGCCUGUAAAAGCUGCUUGA